AAACCCCACCCAAAAUCUCUAUGGAAACGACAACCGUUAGUUGACGGUGAUCUGUGCCGAACAUUCGGAAUCUUCUUCCUUUAGCUGCUGUGCUGAUUAACUACCUCAUCGAGUAUUUAGUUUAUAGACCUUCCACCUAUAAAGUGUGUCUGGUUAGCAAAUGUUAAGUUGAUGCGGAUUGACUGGCUAAUGUAGAACACUGGUGGCUGUAAUUGUUUGAUAAUGGCAGAGUGCUGGAACACACACACCGGAGAUGCUGUUUAUCGCUCCCGGGAUGCCAUCAAAAACUUAAAAAUAAAAGUCCGUAUACAGAGGGUGACCUCCACAGCGGUCCUCUCACAGCACCUCCAGCACCAGGUUUUGUCCCAGAAAUGCAGGAAGGAUAUUGAGCUGAAGACUCUCACCUCACAGGGCCAGACAGGCGACAAUGAAGAGGAGGUAGUGGUUGGCUGGCAGGAGAAACUCUUCAGCCAGUAUGAAGUGGAACUGUUCCAGAACGAGGCAGCCUGUCAGACUCCGCUGGACCGCCAGUAUCACUCAGAAAUCAGGGCUCUCAACAAGGCCAAGGGGCGACGCAAUCAGAGAAUUUUCACAUACACUGAUCACGAUCGAUACACCAACUGUUUCCCACUCCACCAACUGCACAAUGACUUGGUCUCCACGACCAAAUCAAGUCCCACCUUUCUGGCUGAGAGGAUGGCCAGUGUCAGACACAGACGGCAAGAGAGGCGCACCAUGGAUAGUAGCAUCACUAAGUCAAGAAUCAUCAACUGGGAUCCCACAGAUGAGUUUGUCAAGAGCAGUCAUGUGGUAAAUAACGCCAUGCAGACCAUGCACAUCAUGGGUGACUUGGGCCCACCUGGAAAGUUGGGCCAGAAAGAGAAUGAGUGUUUGCUGGCAACCAUAAAAACCGAUGGUAGUGGAACUAUCAUUGUAAAACCCAACUUCAACAAAGGCAGAGAGCCCUACAGGAUUGUAACAGAUGGGGAGAAGAGAGAAGUAUGGCGCUUAACUUUGGAGAACGCAUCCAGAGUGAUGAAACCAGAGGAGCGAGAGAGAGAGCAAAUCAUGUACAAAGAUUUGUAUAGCAGACACAAGGAGUACCUCAACAGCCUUGUAGGACAGGACUUUGAAAUGCCUCCUGUAGGUAUCCUACGUUACCUGCUGCACGGAGAGAUAGUGUCGGCUAACGACUUUGAAUACGAUAACUUGUACAUCAACUUCUUCAUGGAAUUGCCAAAUAAUUGGUCCAGCUUACCGUUCCAGUCGAUGUCAGGGGUUACUCAGACCUGCAGGACCAAAUCACUGGGGAAGGAAAACAUAGCGUUCUUCAGCUACCCUUUCAGCUUUGAGGCUUUUCAUAUGAGUGAAAAAGAGAACGAAGAAUUAAUACCCCAGUGGCCAGUGCUUUACUUCAAAGUUCUGUCCCUUGACUUCUGGCAGCGUUACCGAACUGAAGGUUACGGAUAUCUACUGUUUCCCGACAUGCCUGGUAAACACACAGUGACAUGUCACACAUGGAGACCUGUUCAGAUGGGGACAGUUUCUGCUUUGAGGCGCUUCUUUAUCGGAGGUUCUGCAGAACUUGAAGACAACAGCUACGUCAGAGUACCAGGGACGUUUAAGGGAGAGAGGCUGAGUCGCUUUGGCUUUUGCACUGAAACCACAGGAAGUGUUACCUUUAGGCUGUACUGCAUGCAACAAGCCAGGGCCUUUGCUGAUGCUGCCCUUCUGAAGAAGAGAAGACAGAAAGUGGUCGACCACCUUGGAGGUUUUAGCCAGCAGGGAAUGGUCUGCAGCAUUCUGGAGGCCUACCAGAGGGCUCAUAAAAGGCUGCAAGAGGCCAGAGAAAGUCUUCCAAGAGAUGUUCUUAACUCUGCUGCCCAACUCCAGCCGGAGUCCUCUGCAUAGGAGUCAAAAUGAAGCUGAAAGCAGAGCCAGCAUAUCAUCUGUGCAUACAGAAACACAAAUGUGUUCUGAGUAAUAGCUUG